AAAACCUUCUGUCAAAGUCAGAUGUAUGGAGUGGAGUAGUUUUUUGUAAAUAAAAAAAAUUAAUUCAUGAAAGAGCUAUUUACUAGCUCUAAAAAUGUGUUCUAAACUAUUGUCUUUACGUAGUUUAAUUAAACCGACUAAUACAAUUUUAAAACAAGUGCUAUGCCAAAAUAAAUCAACGCCUAACCUCAAAACAUUUACUACUUCACCUAUUGCGUGUGUUAAUUUCUUUAAUAAAUUACCUGCAGAAAAACUAUGGAAAUCGGUAACCUCUGUAAGUAAUGCUGGAGCCAAAAAAGGUCGUGGUAAAGGAGCGGGACGGAUUAGGAUUCGAGAUUUGAACAGAGGUCAAAUCAUUGGUGUUGGCAAAAUAAACAUGUUGUGGCCUGGUCUGUCUGCUCCGGUCAUAAGGGGCAGAGAGCUGUUAAAACAGCAGAGACUACCUGAUGACCCAGAAAGGAUGGAGAAAUUAAUAAAGCUCCGAGACUCAAUGACAAAGUUCAGACGAAUCAAACUUAGCCCUAUUGAGAGAGGUUGGUCUGGAACCCGGCUACCAGGCCGCAGUAUUGGGGCACCAGAUCCCAUUGGAGAAGAUGAAUUUACUGGAUUUGACACUAAGGUCCUCCAACUGAGGUCUUUGCUCAUAAUGAAAGGAAGCUUAGGUCGUACCAGGAACUACCAGGCUAUGGUAGUGACUGGUAAUGGACAAGGACUUGCUGGUUUUGGACUGGGCAGAGCUAAGGAAGCCCCAGCAGCUCUAAGGAAAGCUAAGAACAGGGCUGGACAAAAGCUGAUGCAUUUUGAGAUUUAUAAUGGCCAUACUGUUUUUCACGACUUCUACACAGCGUUUGGUAAAACAAAGAUAUUUGUACAAAAGAAAAAUGAAGGAUAUGGACUGAAAUGCCAUAGAGCUAUCAAAGAAAUCUGCCAAGCUAUUGGUAUCAAAGACUUGAGAGCCAAAAUGGAGGGUUCUAAUAAUCUUCAGCAUGUUGUCAAAGCAUUCUUUAUAGGAUUACUGCAGCAGAGAACUCACCAACAGUUGGCUGAAGAGAAAAAACUACACUUAGUAGAAUACAAAGCAGAAAAUGAGUUUUUCCCAAAAGUGGUGGCCAGUCCCAGUGAGGUCAGAACAAAGGACCAAAUACCUAAAGAUGAAACUUUGGACUUUACCCAAUAUGUCAUGAAUGAUCGAGUUAUAUUGAAGAAAAAGCAAUUCCCACCAUUUUACGAGUCCAUGCCACACUACAAAAUUUAUUUGAAGAAAUAUGAAAAGUACAGAAACCAUGAAAAAAUCCGUUUGAACUUAAAAACUGAGUAUGGGGAAGUCAAGAGCUUUUUGAAUGAUAGAUAUCCUGAAGAAAAAGAAGAGGCAGAGUCAUAAAUUAAUUAAUCUGUAAUG